GAGUGUUCCAAAGAAGAUGAAGAUCUUCACAUCUUGAUAUCUGAAUUUGAGGAACUGGCUGAGAAAUACGACAUAUUUGCAUGUAAUAACUGCACUCAACCCACAAUAGAAGCAAAGCACAAGAAACGUGGCAAAACCCAAGAAAAAGAAUUUGAGGAUGCGUUUGGUCAGCAGGAUUGUGAUUCAAUAAAGCUUUCUGGAAACUCUUCACAAGGGUUUGAAGUUGAAGCCACGCAUCAGCGAUUCGCAAAUCAAGAGGUGCAAACGAAUUCUGUCGGAAAAUCCGAACUGCAAGAUGAACUCCUGCACCUUACGCGCCAAAUAGCCAAGAAAAUGAAUCAAUCUCCAUACGCGAAGGAAUUAAUGCAACAGAUUGUUGCUGUUAAUCCCAAAAGCAGUUAUUCAGACUCUUUGUUAAACCUGCCAUAUUCAGUGUUUCGACGUACCGAAUCGGUUCCCGAGAUCACGCUGCUAUCCACGUUAGAAGAACAAAAGCACAAUUUUAUGACACUAUUGCUGCGGCUCCGAAGUGUGUGCUUCGCGGAACUGCUCAGUACUCCGGAGGAUAGGAAACGUAAGAAGAAAUUUGUAAAGGAGAUUCACGUCCGUCUCAACGAAUCACUGGAUAGAAUAGAAAAACUAAGUCAGGAGCUUGAUCAGUUAAAUGAGAGAAACAAAAGAGAGGAUGAGAAAACAUCAAACAGGGUUGAAAGUUUACAGAACGAGAUGAACAAUCUCCAGAACUACAUGAAGGCACGCGUGAAACGAACGGUCGAUGAGGAGCAACAAAGAAAGAAUCUUAUACUGCAGAAAAGUCAAGAAAAGCAAACUGAGCUGGAAAAGGAAUUGCAUGGUCUGAAGGCCUCUUACAGCAAGUUGGUCGAAGACAAUCAGAAAGUAGAGGUUCGCCAAAGGAACCAGGUUUACAAGAUGGAGACGGAACUUGAAAGCGUGAUUCAAAAAUUCGACCGCGAGAUGAUGGCGCUGCAGAGUGAAUAUGAUCAAUUGGAUGAGGAGUACACGAACGAUAAACUGGAGCUGACAGAACUCGAGGAGAAGUUCUCCACGCUGGAAGAAGAGUACUUGAAAAUCAUGGAAAAACGUCGAUUGGAGGAAGAAAAACGCAAACAAGAAGAGGAGGAGCAGCGUGUUUUGGAAGAGGGUGUCACGAUGAUCCAAGCCUUCUGGCGAUCGUAUCAGACAAGGAAAGCAGUCAGGGGCCGACGGGACGGAUCACAAAAGCGGAAAAGAUAAACCGACUCGGUGUACUCAUAAUUAUCACAAGAACUGACUGCUUUAUCCUGUGCGCACUACACUUCAGUGACCUAGAUUACUUAACAAAUACAUCAGUACUGGCG